GACCCUGGGGAGCCGAGGGGAGGUCUCCCAGCCUGGCCAAGGGCCAGCCCCUGUGAGCAGCGUGGAGCCUGCUUCUGGCUGGCUCUCUCGCCAGACUUUGGACCUGAGUUCCAGUUCCAGCUGGCGCCCGUGGACUGAGGACAGGGCGCCCCGAAUGAUUGAUCGAACGGGAGUCUCCCCUCGGGGGAGAGGACCUGGGCGUUGCCAGCAGUGCCUCUUUGCUCCGGACCUUUGGCGCUCCAGGUGUCAGCUGCUUUGAGAACUCAGCAGAACUCGCUGUUCUCCCCGCGGUGAUAGAAAAGGCUCCCGGUCGGUGUCCGAAGCCAAAGGCAGCGUGGACCUGGGCAAGGAGCACAGGCUGGCACGAUGCGUGUGGUGGUGAUCGGCGCGGGCGUCAUAGGCCUGUCCACCGCCCUGUGUAUCUACGAUCGCUACCACGCCGCCGUGCCGUCCCUGGAGCUGAAGGUCUACGCAGACCGCUUCACGCCGCUGACCACCACCGACCUGGCAGCGGGCCUCUGGCAGCCCUACCUCUCGGAGCCCGGUGACCCCCAGGAGCAGCUCUGGAACCAGCAGACCUUCGACUAUCUCCUGGGCCACAUCCAUUCUCCUGAUGCGGCAGGCAUGGGCCUCGCUCUGACCUCGGGCUAUAAUCUCUUCUGCAAAGUGGUUCCGGACCCUCCAUGGAAGAACACGGUUCUGGGAUUUCGGAAGAUGAGCCCCCGAGAGCUGGACAUGUUCCCUGACUACAGCUACGGCUGGUUCAACACAGCCCUGACCCUGGAGGGCAGGAGGUAUCUGCAGUGGCUGACCGACAGGUUAACUGAGAGGGGAGUGCAAUUCUUCCAGAGGAAGGUGGAGUCUUUUGAGGAGGUGGCCAGCGGAGGUGCUGAUGUGAUCAUCAACUGCACUGGGGUGUGGUCCGGGGCCCUGCAGCCCGACCCCCUCCUGCAGCCGGGCCGGGGCCAGAUCAUCAAGGUAGAAGCCCCGUGGGUGAAGCACUUCAUCAUGACUCAUGACCCGGAGAAGGGCAUCUACCGGUGCCCGUACAUCAUCCCGGGGAUCCAGACAGUGACCCUCGGGGGCAUCUUCCAGCCGGGGAACUGGAGCGAGGUGAACAGUCCCCAGGACCACAGCACCAUCUGGGACGGCUGCUGCAGGCUGCUGCCCUCGCUCAAGGAUGCCAAGUUUGUUGGUGAGUGGACCGGCUUCCGGCCAGUACGUCCCCAGGUCCGGCUGGAAAGAGAAAAGCUCCGCUUCGGACCCGCACACGUAGAGGUCAUCCACAACUACGGCCAUGGAGGCUACGGACUCACCAUCCACUGGGGCUGCGCCCUGCAGGCAGCCGGGCUCCUGGGGCAGGUCCUGGAGGAGAAGAAGCUGCUCCAAAGGCCCCUGUCGCACCUCUGAAGCUGCAGGAACCCCGGCCCUGCCACAGCCUCCACGCUGCCCCGGGCCAGUGAAUCCGGGCCCCCUUCCGUAGCCACCGCUCACUGUCAUCCCCCUCACCCCGCUCAUCCCCCCCCCCCAGGAGCACCAGGCGUGGGGAACCACACAGCCAAGUCCUCCAGGCAGAUCCGGCCCCACCACGAUCCACCCCCGCCCCCCACCAUCCCAGAUCUUUCUUCCUGCUCUCUGAACCCGCCUUACGAACUGGGGGGGGGGUGAGGGGAGGGGAAGGAGUGGAACCGCCUGGUCCAAGCGUUUGAUGAAAGGAAAGCUCAGAAAAGCCAAGGGGGUGCAUGGAAAAGUGAGGCUGGCGGAAGGGGAGGAGCUUGGUAAAGGCUCUGAGAAGUCCUGCAGCCCCAACACUAAGCUGAUGUCCACGUACCUUUGAGGCCAGUCUGGCUCUGAGAACUGGCAGGGGGACGUGCUCGGCUCCGUCAGCAGUGGAGGGAGCACUGUACCCGAGGGGCAGGCUCAAAGAGAACGGAAGUGUGGAGGAGGUGGGGGCAGCAAAGGGCUGAAUGGGCAACAUCCGAGGCCCCCGCCCUGAGAGCAGGAGUUCAGUGGCCUCUGAGCCGGAUGUGGCUAAUGCCACACUGUUCGGGUUCCUGUAACUUUGAGGUUGGGUUGAAGACCGGGAAGUAUGGCUCUCCAGCUUUAUGAGUCUUUUUCCAAAAUGGUGUUUUCAGUGUGGGAGGAGGCCACUACCGGCAGUGCUCAAGGCCGGCGGGGCUGCUCCUGGGGGGUCCCAGCGGGGCGGGGGUGCUGGGGCCUGAGCCCAGGGCCGCAGACACGCAAGGCACUGCUCUCCCCCUCAGCCACAUCCACACUCAACUUUAUUAUUAUUUUCCAGUGUUAUUGGGACUGUUCUGGGCUCUUUGCCUUUCUGCGUGAAUGUAGGGGGGCCUCCCACAGGGUCCAGAGAACCCACGGGUGGUCCUUAGCACACUGGGUCCGCAGUUCAACGCAAGGGUCCAGAACAGUGAUGCUGUUUGGGCCCUAGGGCCCCCCGUCCCAGCCCCUGCAGUGUGGGGGCCUCUAGGGCUGCACCUGGAAGUGCUUGGAGAACCACAUGGCUCUGGGGACUGGGCCCAGUGACCCCUGGACUCUCUCCCAGCCCCCCGAACCUUGAUUCAUUCGGAAAUGAUGUGCUGUGACACUGUGUCAAUGGCUCAAUGUCAAAGGAUCAGAGUUCAGUGAAGUGCCAGUGUCCAACGCUGGACGGAAUCAUUGAAUUUGAGAAGCCCCAAGGGGCCUCGAGAGGUUCUAGAGCUCCCAGGCCAUCAGGCUGUGAGUUCUCCAGCACUCAGCACCUCCCCUUCUCCACCGGCCCCAGAUCCUUUCGUGGUCUCUGGAUGCCUGCUCCUUCCCGUACUGCCAGGGUGGGCAAGAAGAAGAAAAGUGGGCCUUGGGGCUGGAGCGAUAGCACAGCGGGGCGGGUGUUUGCCUUGCACGUGGCCGACCCAGGUUCGAUUCCCAGCAUCCCAUAGGGUCCCCUGAGCACCGAUAGGGGUAAUUCUUGAGUGCAGAGCCAGAAGUGACCCCUGUGCAUCGCCGGGUGUGACCCAAAAAGCAAAAAAAGAAAAAGAAAAGCAGCCCUUAUGCUUUCUUUGCCCUCAGUGAGUCAGUGAGGAGGAACCAGUGCACGGUGGCUGUUCUGUCAUGCUGACCUCAAGCCUUGACACGAUGCAUGACAGGGUGAGGAGAACAGACUGGGGCAGUUUGCGUAUAAGUUAUCUCCUGCCUGUUGGUUCCAGCCGUUCCUGUCAGGGUCUGCGUCAGACUCCAAGGGACAGGCCAAAGGGGCCAUAUCUGGAUCUCUCGGCCCAACCCCUCCCUGACCCAGGAGUAAGGCCUGAGCACAGCUGGGUGUGACCUCACCCUCCGCACUCACCCCUACCCCUCAAAACAAAGAGCUCUUAAAGACCAGGAGAUGCCCAGCCUCACCCCUGGCAUAACAGAACCAGGGGGGCUGAGUGGUGGCCGGGACGUGUGGUUCUCUCUGCCCCUCUCAUCUCCUGCUUUCCCUCUACCUGCUCCUGUCACCCAUUUCCCCUCCCCGACUGUCGCCUGUAGAAAAUUAACUACUGAUUCCUGUUGCCCAAUAAAGUUGUACUUCUUGAUCUGAA